AUGAGUCGAGACUGGUCUCUCGUGAAUGCUUUCUGCUUGGCGUUCGCGAUGUUCUUGGCAUGCAUUCUUCUGGAUCCCAGCUUAUCUUACGCAUCUCCAGUGCUGCCCCCGAGUUCUAAGGAGCCGCAGACAUGCGACACCGGUGGUAGUUCAGGGGUCACGCUUGCAGCACAGCUCGAAUUGUCUCUUUCUUCUGAAGAAGCAAGCGUUUCGUUCAAGUGUAGUUCGAGUGAAAAGACAACGCUUGAGCCACAGAGCGACCAAGCCUAUACAACGGAGCAGUGCGCAUCCCCCGAAGCACUGUCGACGUUGUUUCCUGGUUCUGGUGCCCGGCUAAUGGAACAAGGAGCAGCACACAUGAAAACCUACACACUCACUGUUCCAAUAACGGCACGCAAGGAAACAAAGAAACUCUGUUAUAAAUGUGCCCUAGAAACUGCGGAGGAACUCAACCAAUUUAAUGCUAACCCACAAAAUCAGGGGAACGUGUGCAUGGUCAAAAUCACCGUUAACCAGGUCGAACAACAGGAGCCCGACACUGAACACACUGAACCGAAUAACGAGCAACAAACAGACGCAAUUCAGUGUGCAACUCCAGGUGGCACAAGACAGGCGAGUAUCUCUUCAGAAUCUCCUCUCUCAUUCAAAUGUGGUGCUGGAAUGUCCCUGCACCCGACAAAUUUGACAGACGUGUUUGAUGACCAGGACGGGAAGUGCGCCGCUGAGGUUGGCCUGCAGACUCUCGUUGACGCCACAUUAACAAAAGCUGAAACUGACCCGCCGCAGAACGAACAGCCAGUGUACCAGCUUGCUGUGAAAACGGCGCCUUCUGGAGACACUGCCCUCUGCUACAAGUGUGUAACUACUUCCAGCAACCUAGAAACAAAGACCAACACCGACGAAGCAUCGGCUGCGAAAGAAUGCCUUCUGAAAAUAUCUGUUAAGGGAAGUGCAACGUCUGCAUGUUCAUCUGCGUGGGGUGUUGCGCAGACAGCAGCCGCUUUCUUUGUGGCAGCACACACGCAGCUUGGCCUGUUCUAG